AAACACAUGGUGGUCAAAUUGGGUAAAACUAUCCCAAGCCCAAAGGGUUCCUGGAUCAAAAACUAUAUGAUUCUUCCGAAAUCGUUAAUCCAUCAUUUAAUAUCUCCAAUUCUCCAUCACCAUCGGAAGAAAUCUGUUUGAUCAUCGAAGAUUCUCAUAGUCGAUACGCAAAUCCCUCGCCUCAUUUCACUGUUUGUAUCUGUUUUGAUUCUAAAGAACAAUGGGCUACCCAAAUGGAUUGGUAUCACAAGGGAAGCAGCCUCUUUUCUCAUUUGGGGUUAUCACAGAUGUGCAGUAUGCCGACAUUCCUGAUGGUCGAUCGUUUCUUGGCGUUCCUAGAUAUUACAGAAACAGCAUUCUAGUGUUGCAAAAGGCAAUGCAAAAUUGGAAUAAUCACCAAAAUAUUAGUUUUGCACUAAAUCUUGGGGACAUAGUUGAUGGGUAUUGCCCUAAAGAUCAAUCUUUAGAAGCUGUCAAGAAAGUAGUUGCAGAGUUCGAUAAGUUCAAUGGUCGUGUGUAUCAUAUGAUUGGCAAUCACUGUCUCUACAAUCUCCCCCGCAGCAAGUUGCUCCCGUUGAUGAAUUUUCCUAAUGUUGACCGUGCUUACUACGAAUUUUCUCCCGUCCCAGAGUACAGAUUUAUUUUUCUUGACGGUUAUGACAUUAGUGCAAUUGGUUGGCCUCAUGAUCAUCCUCACACAAUUGAAGCCGUAAAAAUCCUCGAUGAGAAAAACCCUAAUUUGGACAAGAAUAGCCCGAAUGGGUUAGUGGAUCUUGAAAGAAGGUUUCUGAAAUUCAAUGGCGGAGUUGGGAAAGAACAGCUGGAAUGGUUAGACAAAACACUUCAAGAUGCAACAAAAUACAAUCAAAAAGUUGUCGUAUGCUGCCAUAUUCCCCUAGAUCCUGGAGCUACAUCAAAAGAAGCACUUUUAUGGAAUUAUGAUGAAGUUAUGGAUGUGAUUCAUCGGUAUGAUUGUGUGAAGGUUUGCUUAGCUGGCCAUGAUCAUACAGGUGGACACUCUGUUGACUCAUGUGGGGUACACCAUUGGGUACUUGAAGCCGCAUUGGAAUGCCCUCCUGGCACAGAUGCUUUUGGAUAUAUAGACGUUUAUGAAGAUAGGCUAUCACUUAUUGGAACUGAUCGAAUGGCUAGCAGUGAAAUGGUUUUCAACCAAUAGAUGUUAUCAGCUUCAUAAUAGGUAUCUUAUCAGUUAAUGGAUUGAAAAGCAUUUGAGUUACUGGUAUUUAUGGCAUUGGGUUUGUAUUGAAUCAAUUUCAUUGUGACAUCAGAAAAGCACACAAGACAUUUAUGUAACUUGACUUCUAAUUUAAGAUACCGUUCAUCAUA